GCUGCAGGUCUUAGCUUCUAACUUCAAGUGGAUCAGCACUGAGGACAGCUCCAGACAUAUUCCUGGCUCAGAUACAACAUGGCACAGACUCACCUGCAAGGAGUUGAAAUCUCUGCUACACAGUUUCUUGAAAUCUGGCGUCAUUAUGACACUGAUGGCAAUGGAUUCAUUGAAGGCAAAGAGCUGCAGAACUUUAUUGAGGAGCUUCAGCAAGCCAGGAAGAAAGCAGGACUGGAUUUAUCAGACAAAAUGAAGGCCUUUGUGGAUCAAUAUGGGCAGAAGAGUGAUGCCAAGAUUGGGAUAGUAGAGCUUGCUCAGAUCUUACCCACUGAAGAGAAUUUCUUACUAUUUUUUCGACAGCAGUUGAAGUCAAGUGAGGAGUUCAUGCAGACAUGGAGGAGAUAUGACACUGAUCACAGCGGUUUCAUAGAAAAUGAUGAACUUAAGAACUUUCUUAAAGACUUGUUAAAGAAGGCCAACAAACCUUUUGAAGAAUCGAAACUAGAGGAAUAUACCCAAACAAUGCUCAGGAUGUUUGAUACCAAUAAUGACGGAAAACUGGGUCUUACGGAAAUGGCAAGGUUACUUCCUGUGCAAGAGAAUUUCCUCCUAAAAUUCCAGGGUGUCAAAAUGUGUGGAAAGGAAUUCAAUAAGGCAUUUGAGUUAUAUGAUCAGGAUAGGAGCGGCUACAUAGAUGAAAAUGAAUUGGACGCCUUGCUGAAAGAUCUUUGUGAAAAGAACAAAAAGGAGCUAGACAUCAACUGCCUUUCGACAUACAAGACAAGUAUCAUGGCUUUAUCUGACGGAGGAAAACUCUACAGAACAGAACUGGCGUUAGUGCUCUGCGCAGAUGAAAACUAGCAACACCGAAUUCUUCCUACGUAUGGUGAUCUACUGUAUCUAGUGUGCACUAUGAGGAUUUAAAGCUCUAUCUUAGUUCUUUUUUUAUCUGUAAAUCUAACUGCAUAUAGAUAAUUAGCCAGAAUGUGCUGCAAUUUUUUUCUGUUUGUUUCUAUACUGUUUGUAAUGUACAGUUUUUGUAACUAUAAGCAAGGUGAUAAAAAAAAAAGAGUGUCUACACUUAGAUCUGGAAUGUACGUUUUCAAGAUGACAUUAUAAGGAAAACACAAUAUAGGGUUCUCUGCACUAUCAAAAAGGCAGCUACAAUGCUGGGCACGCUACUAGAAUAUCGGAUAGGAGGUAUGCCAGCAAAGUGAGUUCAAACAAAGGCUGGCCUUUUGAUCAGCUUCAACUCCUAUUACUGAAAGCCAGCUUUUGAUUGGCUUAAGGUGAUGGUAGUUGUUUUUCCAAAACAGUUGGAAGGUGCCAAGGUGUGAAAGCUGGUAGACUUUCAGGGUUAUUCCAUAAGAAACAGUCUAAAAACACACACAAAAAAAUAUUUUAAUUAGAUUUUUUUUCUUUUAUGUUUCGAUUACUGGUCCCCUCCACUUUUUUUAUAAUUCAUUCAAAUGAGUAAAAACCCUUACCUUGAUUCCUGCGCCCAGGACAGUCCCCCAGAAGCAGCCGAUCCUAUUUCAUUGAAGUCACCAGUUCUGAUUACUUUUGUCCAAUCAAGCUUUCUGGACACAUGGCACAUUUUCUAAAUAUUUUUUUUAAAAAUAUUAAAAUAUCAAAAAUGGAUAAUGUAUAAAAGGUUUAUCAAUAUAACAAAAAAACUAUUAAAACAUUACACAAUUUAAAAUAUUUUUUUCAUAAUAUUAGAUGAUUUUAAAAGUUUAUCCAAAAAUAUUAAAUUUGAAAAGAUUAUCCAAAAAUAAUAAAAUUAAGGUCCAUGUCUGCAACGUCUGUUGUCACCUAAGCUUAUGUUUUUAUUUUGUUUUUCUAAAGAAACCGAGAAUAAUAUUAUGUGAAAUUAUUCAACUAGUCACUCUGAUCGUCUCAUACUAGAAUACAAUUAUACCAAAGUAAUUCACAUCAUGUAUUGCAGAAAAUGUGAGAUUCGAAGUGUUUUGCUACAAGGACCCUUACAUGUUUUUUUGAGCGACUUGUGAUAUUUUUUUUUAAUAAUUCACUAUAAUAGGUUUAUUCAUAACACUUGUGGAAAAGUUCUCUUGAAUAUUUUUGUCAGCUGAGCCUGAAUCUUUAGCUGUCACCUCACUGUGUAGUAAUAAAGUACCACAUUCAAUUAUGGCUGUUUUGUAAGUACUAUGCGUGUUAUGUAAUUACCAGUUAUUCAAUGAGUGUGAUAGAAUUGUAUCAUUUAUCUAUUUUGUUUGUAGUUGUUUGUUUAUGUUUAAUGGCUUGAACUGCUGAUGACACCAAAGGGUUAAAGGCUAUGGUGAUGACCAUGAGGCCGAAUGCCCAAAGUCAAAGCUUAAGUAAAGAACUGGCAACUACAUUUAUGAAACAAAUCAAGUGAAAUUAAAGUUUCAAAAAUACCAUUGCCUAACACUCACAAAAAUCAUAUACACAAGAUUACAAGGUUUGCAUGUAAAUAUCCCAUAUCUGUGCCUGUCAAGGUUUUUUUUAUAAAAUGCCAGUUCUGGUUAUAACCUGGUAAUUGUCAGGUUGUGGCCAUGACAGUCUCUCUAUCCCUCAUCUUAGCAAAGUGUACUGAAGCCAUACAAUUUAUUAGUGUGGGGUAUGUAGUGUAUGUAUAAGAUAUACAUACCUAUACUGAACAUCCAAGUGCAGGCACCACUAUUUACCCAAGAUGCACCAGACAUGCACAUGUGCACUCACGCAUCCUUUCCCACAAUAUAUAGCAUCAUGGGAAUAUUUUAUUUACAUCAUUUACAUUGUAUGCCAGGCUGUGCCUUUUGUUAAGUGCAUUUCAUUAAAAAAAGAAUUGACUGGAAUGGAUACAAACAAUUUUUACAUUUAUCAAUGAAUAAAACAGAUAAUGACGAAGAUAGCUUGUUUUACCAUUAAUGCCAAUCAAAUGCAUUAAAGUGCCCAGUUUUUACCUGAGAAGGAUAUUUCAUUCAACUAUGAUGAUGAAGAGAAUUUAGGGCCCUUGGUCCACAUAAAUAAUUCUUGUACUAAGUUAUAGGUAGUAACAUUUCCACAACGAAUGGCUUUUCACUUAUCCCUUCUAUUACAGUGAUGCUUUAUUCACUAAACAGAUAGCUGAGACCCAAAUGGGUUUAUUUAAUAAUCCCUAAAUUAUAAAGGAUUUAAAACCAAAUUUCUAAAUUUCAGCUAAAAUAGCAAAGCUCUGACUUCAGAUGAGAGGGAGAUUGUUUCCAAAUCAUCACUUUUUGUCAAAAUGUUGCAAUUAAUUUUUCAGUUCUGUACAGUUCAGUGUCUAGUGAGUAAUCCCCAACCUUCAAAAAUUUAGGCUGAAAUGGUCAAGUUGAAAAACUCCCAAACCCACCAGCACAGAUUUCGUUUCCCGACCUGGAUAUUUUUUCCCUUAUUUUGCAACUACGAUGGCAAUUCCAGUCUAUAAUUACCAUAAAGCGAGUUACCUCCACUGUACUUUAAAUGUCAAACUCACAGAUUAAGCAGGAAAAUAUGUGUGUAGAAUAAUUAAUUAAAAUCAACUCCACUUACUAUCUAUUUAUAAUACAAAUGCAAAUCAGAAACACAAUAUUUCAUACUAUUAACAAUGGGGAUAUUAAAACACUCUGAGGUCAUCAAACUGCAAAUUCUAGUGACUUGAAGGACUGAAUGUCAAAAUUUAGACUAAAAUAGCCGAGAUGGAUAAAAUUUUCACAUCGUUAAACUGAAUUAUUUUCUCUAAUUCAGCUAUUUUGGUCUUAAUUAUAUAAAUCAUUUCUGAAUUCACCAUGAUUUGCAAUUUAGUGAAUAAAAUCUCGAUGUUGUAUCUAUAAGACUUCUAUCGGUUUUUCAUUUGGCUGUUGGAAACAAUCACUAUUUAUGCAUGUUACGCAGGAAUAUAUAAUGUUUCCAUUAUUAUUCUAUAGAGAACAGCACACAGUGCAGUAAGUAUAGAUUUGUGAGAUGCUUGAUUUCUAUACCUAGUGUUUCAACGUGAAUCCUUUCAGGCCCAGAAGUGCGCUAGGCUCGUUAUUGUGCAAUUUAAACGGCACAGCUCUGGUACUGAAAGGACUAAGGCAAACACAUGUAUGUGCCAAUGGAAUGUCAGACUGACUUACUGCUGCACUCUAAAACAUAUAAACUAUCCUAUUCAAGAUACUGUAUAAACAUCUCAUGCAAACAAUGUGCAGAAUGACCGGCAUCAAUCCAUUUUCUAGAUAAUUUGCACUGAUUUGCAGAUUGUGAUGAUUAUUCUAGUGAACUGAUGUUUUUACACCAUGUUCUCUGUAUUCUCAAAUUAAAGACAACGCACAAAAUA